AUGAUACUGAAAGUAACAGACAUCGGACAAUUUUUAAACCAAGAAGAAGAAGAACAAGAAGAACGAGAAAAAUUGGUUAAUUUAUUGACACGUCUUAAUAAAGAUAGUAAAAAUGAGGUAUUCAAUAAAAUUGCUAUUGAAUCGUUAGGUGUAACAGUCAAGCAAAUAUGGUUCUUGAAACAAUUGUAUACUGACGUUAAAUAUCAAGGAAGAAUUCAAGACAAAUGUGUACUAGUAAAUCAAUCGUUUAUUAGAUCCGAAUUAACUGACGAAUUUAAAUGUAAACCUCAUUAUCUUUUUGCACGUAUUUGGCGAUGGCCUGGUUUAAAGAAAAGUGAAUUGAGAUCGCAUGAAUCCUGUGGGUAUCACUUGUCUAGAUGCAAAACAGUAUUUUGUAUUAAUCCUUAUCAUUAUGAUCGUCGUCUGCUAUCUAGUAGCGAAGAUGAGGUAAUAGAAGAUAGGAAACUAGAAGAACGACAACGGGAAAAUAAAUCACGACAAAAAAAAGACCCAGGUCGAGAAAAAAAACCGAAACGAGGAAAAGUAGUGAAAAAUGAAAAAGACUUACAACGAGAACCACAAGAAAAAGUACCAGAACUAGAAAAAGACCCACGGAAAGAAAAUGACCUGCGACAAGGAAAUGUACCACGAAGAGGAAAAUACCCACGACUAGAAAAUGACCGACGGGAAGAAAAUGUACCACCAAAAAAAAAAAUACUAGAACUAGAAAAAGGCCCACGGAAAGAAAAAGUACCACCACAAGAAAAAGUACCAGAGCUAGGAAAAGGCCCACGGAAAGAAAAUGACCUGCGACAAGGAAAUGUGCCACAGAGAGGAAAAGACCCACGACUCGAAAACAUACCACGUGGAAAAAAAGACCCACGCCGACAAAACGUGACACAACACGAAAAAGGCCCACGACAAAAAAUGGAAACGGAAAUAAAACAAGAAAAGUUACAUAAGCCGAAAGAUAAAUCACAAUCUACAGAUAUCUAUAAUUCCAACGGGGGUUCAGCGAAUAAUUCAAAGUCAGGAAAAUCAUCGCGCCAAUCUCGCUCCACUGAUAUACCAACAUAUUUAUACAAUCCACUAAAUUCAAAAGAAAAAUCUAAAAAAUCUUUAAAAACCGCUGAUUCCAAUAAGACAACAACUGAUACAACCGAUACUUUGCAGCAUCCAGGUAGUAUUAUUGACGAUGAAGAUUAUAUAUAUCAAUUGAUGGGCAAUCGAGAUGCAUUUAAUCAUUGGUGCUCCAUUAGUUACUAUGAAUUCGAUACGCAAAUAGAUGAUGGCCAUAUGUUUUGUUUGGGUAAUUUAACUAAAAAUCCUCAAAUUCAAAAGAAAAUAGGUUCUGGCAUCUUUCUGUAUUUGUGCCUUAAUGGUGAUAUUUUGUUGAGACGAACGUGUGAUAGUCCUAUUUUUGUACAAUCAAAAUAUCGUGAUAUUGAAGAAAAACAAGAAAAUGCUAAUCUUGUUCACGAUAUUGAUUUAUGGACAUAUAUCAAAGUAUUCUCUUUGAGAGAAUAUUAUGAGAGAAUAAAGAAAGAGAUCGCCGCUAAAACUAAAGAAGGAAAAACGAUUAGUAGUAGCGAUUUUAAAGAAUUUUAUUGUAUACGCCUGAGUUUUGCUGACGAAUGGGGACCAAAGACUACACGAAAAACUAUUGAAGAAACGUCUUGCUGGAUAGAUAUAAUGAUACGCCCAGCAUUGAUAGUACUCAAUCAGCUACUUGACACAUAAGACAAUAAUAAUUUACAAGAAAAUGGUUACUUACAAAAAAAAAAAAAAUAUUUAUUCAUAAAAUAUUCACUGGAGAAGAAAUUUUUUUACAAACGAGUUCAAUGACACGCCAGGGUGUGAGUACCUGAAAGUGAUUAAGAGAAGAAUUCAAUCAUAAAGGGUGCAAACUAUGAUACUUGAAGUUUUUUUCAACCAACCUUGGUGGGAAAAUAAUAUGCAGAAGGGUGUCCUACUACACUUGGAGAUUUAAAGUAAAUUGCUCCAAGUGCAUUGCAGCUGAAAAAACGUCACUUAACUGCUAUUCUCCACCAGACGUGAAUUUCCCAUCAGAAAAUGAAUCACGGCGAGAAAAAGACCGAGGUCGAGAGAAGAACCACGACCAGAAAGAGUACCAGAAUAAAAAACAGUAUCACAACAAGUGAUAGAACCACACUGAUGAAAAUAUUUCUUAGCAUUUAAAAAAGAUUUCUUAGUAUUUAAGAAAAAAUCAUUUCUUAAACAUCAUUUUUUUGUACUUAACAAAUAUUUCUUACUAUUUAAGAAAUCAUUUCUUAAAAAGUAAAAAACAUUUGUUAAAUACAAAAAAAUGAUGUUUAAAAAAAAUGAUUUCUUCUUAAAUAUUAAGAAAU